AUGCCUUCCAUUGAUGUCCCCCCAAAUGUGAUAAGAGUGACGAAAGGUAACCGUCGAAUGCCUUGCUUUACAACUCAUAGUAACGAGGAGAGACUAAGCUUGGAGAAACUUGGUCGGGAAUAUAAGCUUGCAAAUCGAGUAGCACAUAGCCGAGAGUUACAUGGGCAUGGGCUUGCAGCUUUGCUAAAAAAUGUUCAAGGUGCAGUCGAGGCCUCCAGCUCGAAUUUAGAAAUAUUAGCUCGAGAAGACAAUGCAAUUCUCGAGCUUUCAGAAAAACACAAAGCAGAAAUACAGCAGCAAAAGGAUGACUGGGAAGAGACCGCUAGAAAGGCAUUGAAUAAUCCCAAAUCGUGA